AUGGAGGUUCUCGGGCAUGUCCGGCUAUGCGUCGGCGAAACGGAUGCUAUUCGAAUAGCACAAGUCACCGAUGUGCACCGCUUCCCGGGGAAUGUCACAUACUGGGACUGCCCGAAGGGCCGACGGAUGGAGUUGGCAAGCCAAGACUACAGCAAGAACGGCGACAUCGAGCUCCUGGAAAGCGUGUUGGGCCGAUGCAAGCCUCACUUUGUCGUGUUCACUGGUGACAUCCUUGAUGGCCGCCCCUUUCACGGAAGCCCAGCUUCGGCCUGGCGGGCGACUUUCCUGGAGCUGCUGGAGCCCGUCCUGAAGUAUGGGCUGCCGUGGACUUACAUUCCAGGAAAUCACGACGACGAUGGCGCCCCAUGGGACCGAGCUGAUCUUCUGCAGAUCUACGACCUCCCCGGCUGUGCGUCGCAAGGUGCGAAGCAGUUCAACCACACCUUCACAAUAGGACCUGGACAUCUUGAAGAUGCAGCAACGUCCUUGCGCUUGUGGCUCUUCGACUCCGGGGGCAACAGCUCAGAUCCUUCCAUCGGAUACGAAACCUUCAAGAGCGAGGCGGUCGAUGCAUUUCGUGAGCUCUCCGAGAAGCUGGCGCCGUGUCCUUCCCUUGUCUACUUCCACAUCCCGUUGCCGGAAUAUGGUAAUCUGGUGCCAGUCCACGGCACCCAGGGUCUCUUCGAGUCGGCAUUGUAUGCUGGCAUGGUCCCUCGCCCAUGGUGUUGGAUGCCCUGGCUGGUGCGAGCUCUUGGACAGCAUCGCGUUGUUGGCUGCUCCAAGCUGAACAGCGGAUUCUUUGAUGCCCUUGUGGAUGCAAAUGGUAAUGGCCUUGGGCCCAUCCUGGCGACUUUCUGCGGCCAUGACCAUUCGAACGAUGCGGUUUUCCAACGAAGCGGCAUCUUCUUGUGCUACGGCCGAGUGAGUGGCAGUACACCUCCAGUUGACUGGGAGGGGGAUGCUCCGCUGCCCUUUGAGCCUGGCAUCCGGCUUGUUGAAUAUUCUGGCAGAGAUGCGACAUUGGUGACGUGGAUCGAAAUCAAGACAGGCAAAGGCGCCUAUGAGAGAGUGACGAGCCUCAAGUUUGUUGGCGCUGGAAAGGGUAGCAUUGACAAGGAAGUGGUGGUCCCCAAUCGAUUCGGCGGAGUAUUUGGUGCAGUGGUAUGUUUGAUGAUGGUUCCCGUUCUGAUAGGCUUGGCGUGGAUUCUCUUUCUCGCCAGAAAACCUGCACCUGGACAAGACGCAGGGUUUGACGUCGUGCUUCCACCUGCUGUGCCGGACUGUGACGACGGAUUCAGCCAUUGGAGAAGCAUCUGGGAUGAGGGCAAGAAGAAAUAUUGCUGCUCCCAUCAUGGAAGAGGCUGUCCAGAACCGCGCGUGAAGAUUGUGCCGAAAGUGAAGUACCACGAUGUGUCCGUCCCAAUCCCGUACAAAGUUCACGUUCGCGUUCCUGUGCCCACCGUGGUGAACAAGAAGGUCGUCGUAGAGGAGCCACCGCCAUAUUCCUGCGAAAAAGAUUCGCCUGUAGAUUCGUGGAGCUCGCGACAUCGGCGCUACUGCUGCUAUCUGAAGCAGUUAGGCUGCCGCCCGCAGAUCGUGAACCACAAUGUGUACCACAGAAUUGUCAAGGUGAAAGAAGUCAAGGUGCCGCACUACUUGCCGCCAAAGGCAACGAAGACGAAGAUCACGUACAAGAAGAUACCGUACCCAGUACCUGAGAUUCCCAAAGUUCAGACCGUCAGAGUCCCGGGACCUGUGAUUGUCAGAACCAGAUAUGUCGAGGUUCCCAAGGUUAUACAUGUUCCAGCACCUGGUGACGUCGAAGUAGUGCGCAAACCAGUUGCGGUAUCGGUACCCUCGAAGCCAAUUGUGGUAAAGAUGCCUCCCGUCGCGGGCCAUCGUGACGACUACAACUGCCAUGCCGGUUACUCCAACUGGUACUUCGGCUGGUCUAAAGUCAAGAAGGAAUGGUGUUGCGACCAUGAGGAGAGGGGAUGCCCUGGCACAUGGCAUGGAAGCCUUCACAUCCAUCAUGUCCACAUGUCGGGUGUGGGCACGGCCACCGGGAAAAUCUACGACUGUGAUGCUGGCUUCUCGAACUGGCUUCAAGGCUGGUCUGACUCCAAGAAGAAGUGGUGCUGCAGUAACAAGGACAAAGGCUGUCCCAAGUAUUACUGUGAUGGAGAUAGCACCGACUGGAUCGAGGACAAGCAAUCAUGGUGCUGCGACAACUUUCAGAAAGGCUGCAAAAGCACGACCUUGUCCCUCCUCGGCUGCGAAGCGCCUUGCACCCUGCACGGCGACACCUCGACGUGCAAGAGUCGAAUGCAUUGGGCUCGAGGGAAGGUCUUCGGGGGCCAGGCCAAUGCUUGCUCUUUGGCCUACAGCAAAAUUCAGGUGGAGUGUGACGUGUGCAGGGCUUGCACCAUACAAGAAAUCGGCUGUGAUCUGCAUGUCGCAACAUCCGCUGCCUUCGAUUGUGAUGCAGCAUUCAACAACUUCUUCAGGGCAUGGUCGCCCGCGAAGAAGCACUGGUGCUGCACCGUGAAGCACAAAGGUUGCGAGGGGAAAUCGCCACCACAUGUGGAUGCCGGUUUUGGCAUGGCUUGGAAAAGGGUUCAGGUCAAUGGGUACUGGGUAUGGACUGCAGUGCACGUCGGGGGCGUGAGCAUGCCAUACGACUGUCAUGCUGGCCUGAUGCACCACCUAACCGGCUGGUCACAAGGCAAGAAGUCUUGGUGCUGCCAGAACCAGCACUUGGGCUGUGGGGCAUUAUCCACGCUGGGGGAGCAGCAGGAGCGGCCGGAGCGGCCGGAGCGGCCGGAGCAGCCGGAGCAGCCGGAGCAGCAGGGGCAGCAGGAGGAGGAGCAGGAGGUGGCCAUGGCAAUCCUCCAGGUGUGGCUGCAGACGGGAUGGUUUGGCAGUGGCAUAACCACUGGAUCCAGGUCCACGCAGAUGGCGACUUGCCCUUCAAUUGCGGUGCCGGCUUGGCGAAAUGGAAAAGUGGCUGGCUUGGGCGCAGGCUUGAGCAGCAAGGAGAAGCAUGGAAAAGGCGCCCCACCUGAGUCCUUGCUUGCUGCAGAGCGCAGAGGUGCCAGCCCUUUCGGUCCAGGUUGGGAUCCGCAGGUGCUGGAAGCAUCUCUGGGCCAUUCCAUGGUGAGGUCGCAGCAAGUAGUGGUCUACCGCUACGAAGCAAAUGCUUCGAGGCCGUCCCAGACCGGCCUGGGCCAGCCGGCCCUGCUACAGUCGAUUAUGGCAUUGCGAGAUUCGACGCUCUUCCUGCUCAAGCCCUUGCAUCCGGCUUCUCAAGCCUUGGGAGACGUCCUCGAGCUGCCCGACUAUCUGCGGCCUAUCCAGCUCACCGGGCCAACCCUGAGCAUUGGAAGUACGAACGCCUCCUCACCACCCCACCAGCAUCAGGAAAACUGGUUCGCGCAACUUCUGGGCCAAAAGGCAUGGGUCGUUGCACCGCCGGAUGAUCAGGUGCAUCUGCGGGAUAGGUCAUUCGCGAUCCCGUCCGCAUGCCAAACGAAGUUCAUUUUCCGUGAAAUGAAGAUCUUCAACCUGGUUCAAGCUUUGCUGCUGGCGACGGUUGCCAAUGCAGGAUUUCUGCGUCGAAAAGGUUAUGCCCCAGGCGUGGUUGACGUGGCAGAUGCCAACGCCAGUGAUCCGAUCAGAAAGUCGAAGUCGGAUAGGCGAACGUAUUUCCACACGACCCUGGACUCGGGACUGAAAGUUCUCUUGGUCGAAGAUCCCGAAGCGCAGAAGUCCAGCUAUGCCAUGGCCGUGGAGGUGGGCUCUUUGGAGGACCCCAAGGGUUUCCAGGGGCUGGCUCACUUCUGUGAGCACAUGGUGUUUCUGGGUUCGAAGAAGUACCCUGAGGAGGACAAAUUUUCCGAUCGGCUGGCUUUCUUUGGUGGGCAAAGCAAUGCUUACACUGCGAGCGAUCAGACAGUGUACUAUGCGGAGGUCAGUGAUGAGGGCUUUCAAGAGACAUUCGACAUAUUUGCUCAGUUCUUUAUCGAGCCAACAUUUGCGGCUAACAUGGUGGACAAAGAGAUUAAUGCGGUGGAUUCUGAACACAAAAAGAAUAUGCCCGACACCACAUGGAGGCUCUUCCACUUGAUGAAGUCAAGAGCCAAUCCGCUGAGCCCGGUGAGCCAGUUCUCUACGGGGAAUCUCAAGACCCUCAAAACAGACCCGGAAAAGGACGGCAGGAGCCUGCCAGAAGCUUUAAAGAAAUUUCACAAGGAGCACUACUGCCCAUCUCGCAUGCACCUCGUGAUCAUGCAGAACACUUCCAUCGCGCAGCAGCUGCAUGCUGUCCACCGGAGCUUCGAUGUCUUCGGCAAGAAUGCCGGCAACUGCAAACCGCGACCCACCUACGACACUGUCGAAAUGUACAGCCGCAAGCUCGGCAAUCUCGGCAGGAAGUUCACCGUGCACACGGAUGGUGCUCCACAGCUGUGGUUGCUUUUUCCCACCUUCUCUCUUAGAGGAAAGUACAAGGAGCAGCCGGAAGCAUACAUCCACUACGCCAUGAAUCACUAUGGCCAAGGCGGCCUGAAGGCGCUGCUGAAGCGCGAGGAUCUCUCAAUGAGCUAUUCCACCAUGGCGGAGACGUCAGCUGCGGGCACUCUCCUGUUUGUUAUUUUUGAACUUACGGAGAAGGGUGUGCGAGAGUCCGACCGCGUCAUGGAGCAUUUCUUUGGCUACUUUCAGACCUUGCAGAAGGAGGGUGUUAACAAGAAUAUUCUUGAGAAGAUCCAGUCGCUGAACCAAGUUAUGUUCGAUUACCAAGAUCGGUCGGGAUCCGAGUCUGGCUAUGUGACCUCCAUGGCAGGCUCUCUACCGAAUGCAGAACCACGCGAUGUACUUACAGCUGGCACCCUAAUUGAUGAAGUCGACACGGAGCUUGCAAGCAAGUUGCUCAACAGCAUCAAGCCAAGCAACAUGAAUGUUGCGCUGGUCACAUCGCAAAGAACUUCGCAGAAUGCUCUCGCGCUUCAGAAGCAUGAGCAGUACUACGAUUUCAACUUCUCCGAUGAAGCCUUGGAUGAGGGGCUGUUGCAACGGCUGACUUCCGCAAGUGCCACUGGUCUGCGGGAGCCUCCACCGUUGGCGUAUGUUCCUACCAACCUCGAGUUGAUUCGUGAGCCCGGGCCUACUCACCUCCCGGAGAAGUUGCCGAAGAAGAACGUGGAGCUCUGGUGGCUGGGCCUCGGGCCAUUUCAGCUGCCCAAAGCUCAGGUGCAAGUGAAAAUCGCAUACCCACGAAGGAUCAUGGAAAGUCCUGCUCGGUCGAUUCUGGCUGCGAUGCACUCCCGGCUCGUCCAGAUGGUGUUGGAGGAACCGUCGGAUGCGUUCCAAAUGUGCGGUCUGAGCUACAGCGUCGGCACCGGCCACGAUGGCCUGAGCCUGUCGUUCUUUGGGUUCAAUGAGCACCUUCUUGAGCUCGUGCGCCUUGUCCUGCCGCAGGUGAGAAGACCAAGCGUCUCUCAAGAAGACUUUGACAUGGUCAGGCGACAGAUGGUGGUGGAUUUGUCAGAUGUCACGAGCCAGCAGCCUUAUCAGCAUGCAAUGGAGGCCUUUGACGUUGUCACCGUGAGCGGAACACAUUCCAGAAAAGACCUGUUAAAAGCAGCCGGUGACUCUUGGGCCGUGAGCCUGUCCGAGCACGACGCAAUGCUGGAAGACAUGUUUGCCAACCCAGUGGUCACACUUCUUGCGUCAGGAAACCUGAAGCGCGCCGAGGCAGAAAGCUUGGCAGAUGAAGUGCAGGAUAUUCUUGGCAGGAAGUCCGAACCGCAUGGGUUCUUGGCAAAGAUGUGGUCAUUCUUCGCGAACCUAUUCUCAAGGAGCCAGGUAACUGCGACCCCAGAUGGAAUCGAGCCGCGCCCGCUUGUCAUAAACCCAGGAAAGGACAUUGAGGUCCGGGUGGAGAACCCCAUCCCCGGCGAUCCCAACUCGGCAACCAUCGUAGCAUACCAAUUUGGAGUGCCGUCUUUAGCUGAUCGUCUUCGCUUCAGCUUGAUCUCUAGCAUCAUUGAUCGACCAGUGUUUCAAGUCCUGCGCACGGAGCAUCAGCUGGGCUACAUCGUCUUCGGCUUCACCACUGUCCAUCUGGACAUCCUGGAGAUUCGUGUCCUUGUUCAAGGCUUCCGGGAGCCCCCUGACGUCGUUGAAAGGCUUAUUGAGUCCGCGGUGGCGAACCUCACCUCCACCUUUGCAUCUUUAUCACAAGACGAGUUCAAUGUGAAAAAGGCGAGUCUCCGAAGGGACCUGCAGAAGCCGCCGGCGAAUCUGCCAGAGUUUGCAGGGCGCUUCUGGGGUCAAAUUUGGGAUGAAACUUAUUGCUUCGACAAGGUGGACAAGGAGCUCCAGCUUUUGGGCAGUGCAGCGUUUCAAAAUCCACAGUCUCUGUUGGAGGUGUGGAAGAACACGACGCAAGUCACCAACACGAGCCGUCCCAAGAAGCUUUCAGUGAAGCUUUUCGGUGCAGAUGAGAAGACCGGGUCGGUUUCUAUCCCAGAAGUUCGCUCCCGCCAGGACCAGGAAUUCGUCACAGAUGUCGAACAUCCUCAGAUGGAGGACCAACCUCGAUGGCCGCACAAAUUCCUUUGCGAAGCAGCACGGACGCUGAAGUCAGACAAGCCAUGCGAUCUCUGGUACAAGCGCGAGAAGCUUGCCAAGGUGAAGAAGCUGAAAAGUUGCCUCUUGGACGCCGGUGAAGUGGUGUACCUGCCAUCCCAGUGGCACCACGGAACUUGCAACGUCGGAGAGUUUUCUGUUGGCUUGGGCUACAUUGGUGCUUUGGACCAUCUUCCCAAAGUAAGCUGGGCUGCAGCAUUUGACGACAUGCCUGGCUUGCAAGAGGCACUGAAGGCCGUUGGCGACACUUCUGCUGCCCUUGCGGUGAAGGUCAGAUUUGUGGCGCGAGUUGAGCCCCUACCUCCCAAAGGAAACCACCCGGCGGCGCUGGCCAACGUUGCAUCAGUCUUAUACCUUGACGGUCCUGAUUACAGCAUAAUACACCGCAACAGCCCGGACGGAGCCAUUCACGAUGUUCGUCGCGACGACAGCUGGAGUUCUGCCACGCAGGAUCGCGAAGGCAAAGAGUCUGGGUCUCAAACGCAGGAGAGCUGGCAUGAGAUGUGCGCGUGGUUUUGA